CACUCGCAAUACCCAUGCCUCUGUCUCCAUUAACAGAGUACACACAUACAUCAACUCAGAGAGAGAGAGAGAGAGACUUAGCAAGAAGAUGGCUCAGAGCUCCAAAAGAAGUAAAUGGGUCUCACUGUGCGUGCUUCUCUUUGCUUAUUUUGCUUCUACAAUCAUCGCAGAAGAUGGUCUUGUAGCAAACGGUGAUUUCGAAACGCCCCCAUCAAACGGCUUCCCAAGCAUGACCCCAGCGGAGGGGAUCGCCACAGGAAUCCCCAGCUGGAAAACAAACGGCACCGUAGAGCUCGUGGCAGCUGGGCAAAAACAAGGUGGGAUGAUCCUCAUCAUACCGGAAGGUAGACACGCAGUGAGGCUAGGCAACGACGCAGAGAUCAGCCAAGAUCUGAAGGUGGAAAAAGGGUUCACGUACUCAGUAACGUUCAGCGCGGCUCGCACUUGCGCACAGCUGGAGUCGCUAAACGUGUCAGUGCCACCAGCAUCGCAGACGAUAGACUUGCAGACAUUGUAUAACGUGCAAGGGUGGGACCCAUACGCGUGGUCGUUCGAGGCAGAAGGGGAUGAUGUGAGUUUGGUUUUUAGGAAUCUGGGCAUGGAGGAUGACCCCACUUGUGGGCCCAUCAUCGAUGAUAUUGCUAUCAAAAAGCUUUUUACUCCUGAUAGACCCAAAGACAAUGCAGUUAUUAAUGGCGAUUUAGAAGAAGGCCCAUGGAUGUUUAGAAACACCUCACUUGGUGUUUUACUCCCCACGAACCUUGAUGAAGAAAUAUCCUCAUUACCCGGUUGGAAUGUCGAAUCAAAUAGGGCAGUCCGAUACAUUGAUUCCGACCACUUCACCGUCCCGCAGGGCAAACGGGCCAUUGAAUUGCUUUCAGGAAAGGAAGGCAUAAUUUCCCAAAUGGUAGAAACAGCACCAAACAAACAAUAUACCUUGACCUUUUCCUUAGGUCAAGCUGGGGACAAAUGCAAGCAGCCACUUGCUGUCAUGGCCUUUGCUGGAGACCAAGCCCAAAACAUUCAUUAUACUCCUGAUUCUAACUCUACCUUUCAGACUGCUAAUCUCAACUUCACAUCCAAGGCUGAUAGGACCCGAAUUGCAUUCUAUAGUAUUUAUUACAAUACAAGGACUGAUGACAUGAGCUCACUAUGUGGACCUGUGGUGGAUGAUGUGAGGGUUUGGUUUUCUGGGUCUUGUAAAAUUGGGUUUGGAAGAUUAGGUUUGGUGCUUGGUUUUGCUUUUUGGGUGUUUGUUUUCUUCAUGGGUUAGGGCCCUUUAGAAUUUUGUAAGGCAGGUUAUGUGUUUACUUGGUGGCCUGGUGCUAUCUAUGGUUAAGUGAAUUUGGUGACUUCGGCUGGUCACUUGACAUGCUCAUGGGCCAAGACAGAUGUUAGCUUCACAAGCUGCCACAUAACACUGUCUGCAGUAAUUCCUAUAAACAUGUUUGUAGGUAAUCCUUGUCCAAUUAUUAUAUAUGUACGUUUUUUAGAUCCCUUAAACACAAGUUGUUUAAUCUAAUAUUAAGUCAAGUUAAUUAACAAGUUCA